AUGUCUGUCGACCCGAGCGUGCCCGCCGCCCAGAGACGUCUCGCCCUGGAAGCUUUCGAUAGAUACAAGGAAGACCCGUCAUCGAUCAGUAUGGCUUCGACUCUCUGCCGGAGCGCUAGCCCGGACCACGUUCGGCAUGGGGCCUUGGUCCUGCUCGAGUACUGGGUGCGCGUCCACUGGACCUCCUUGAGUAUCGAGCAGCACAAUUACCUGAAAGAAGAGGUGUUCUUUUACAUGCGCAACUUGAAAUGCAUCCUGUCCGAAGCCCCUCAUGUCAAGCAAGCCAUUUGUCGAGUCGUCGUCGAGAUCGUCAAACGCGAAUGGCCUCAGAAAUGGCCAGAAUUCAUGCCGAACCUCCUGAAUCUUGCCAACACCGGCAUCGCUCAAACCGAAAUCGUGUUACUGGUGCUGCUACGAAUCGUAGAAGACGUCAUGCAGCUGAAAACUCUCGGAGACAUGCCGCGGAGACGCAAGGACAUUUACCAGAGCAUCAUAUCCGGCCUAGGGGACUUGAUGUAUUUCUUAUUCCGUGUGCUAGAUGCUCAUUAUUUGGUGCCGCCAGACGCGCCGGAGAUGCUGAAGAAAUCGAGGAUAAAACUCCUCGAGAGCUUGCUGAUAACGCUGACGGGUUUUAUCGAGUUCGUUCAAUUCAAGGAUUUCCCUCUCGACGAAGUCAUUCGGAAGCUCUGCGUUCUGCUCAACGAUCCGCAGCUCCGAGUUCUCGCUGCAAAGUGUUUAUACGAGGUUCCUGAACGCAAACUGAAAGGCGCGGAGUUGCAACAGCUUUGCGAGAAGUUCCUGCAGGCCGACAUCAUGGCAGAGAUCCUAAGGAGUGCCGCCGGCAGUCUGAGCGCCGACACGAGCGAGAACCACGCAUUUCUUCUCGCGCUCUGUGGGGUUAUCGCGGGAAUUUCGAAACAGGUCUCGUCGUACAUCAUGGAAACCACUAAGUUCGAAUGCCCACCGUCCUUCGUCGAGUUGGUCAUGGCCGUCAACAAAUUGUGCCAACAUCAGAGCUGCGCCGUGGCACGCGUUGCUCUCGGAGCGAUGAUCCCGCUCAUGAAAAUCCAGCAGAAAGAUUCCGACAAGCUCGUGUAUCCCGAUGAACUAUGGCACGAUAUCGCCUGCACUGUCGUCAAUCGAUCGUCGUCCGAUGACUCGCAAAUCUCAGCGUCGAAUUGGGACUUCGAGGAGGAGUCCGACAUGCGCAAGGCCUUCGGCCUUUUCAAAGCCGAGCUUGCCGAGCUUCUGCGACUCGCAACGGUCCUCCGGCCCGGCAUUGUCCUGAGCCAAGUCGGCCUUGGACGUUUGAGCGAUCUCCUGCAGAAACCUCCGAAUGAAUACGAGUGGUCGGCGAUCAGUCGAUACUUUGAUGUCGCGUGCUCCACGGUUCUCAAAGAGGAGAUCGACAUCGGUGAUAUCGUUACGCAACUCAUGGCCGCCUAUGAUCGAGUGCUGCCGAUGAGAUUCGCCGAUUUCAAAUGCCAACACCAUGCCAUCUCGUGCUGUUCCUCGAUGCUCACGGUUAUUCUUCCCAAGGACGCCGAGGACAUCCGUUUGGGCAACAUGCUCGAUGCGAUCUUCUGGAUGGCGACGUACGAGAUACCGGGACAAAAUCGACAGACCCGUUCGAACGAUGUGCGGGAUUUCAGGAAGCACGGAACCGCUCUUCUAGUUCGGCUCGCUGUGGAUUUCUAUGAGAGACUGGUGAAGCAUUUCGACAAGAUCCGAUCCUUAAUCGCGCGGAGCCUCACCCCGGAUUCCAGCAUGCUGCAGCGCCAGCAUUUCAUCGAAGCUCUCCUGAUUAUUUCGAACGGGCUCAAUGAUCCGGCCGCUCAGCUCUCGAUAUCGGAGCAGAUACUCUCGGAGGAGAUUUCGUUCUUCGUGGAAAAUUCCGAUCUCAGACUGGCGCUCACCGAUGUCCAGAAUUUCGCGGCGUACCUGGGCCUGCUCAGUGUCGAGGACUUCGAGAGGAGGACCGAGAAUCGGAAAGUUUUGAGCGGCAAAUUGAUGAGCAUUACAGGAGCUCUGAAAAGAUGCAAAAGCGUCGCUGGGCGUCAUGCCGUAUUCGAACUCGUAGCGCGGACGUGUCUGAACCGACUUCUGAAAAUACUCUGGCUCUUCAAAGAUUUGUUCGCGCAGUCCAUCGUUCAUCCCGACCUCGUUCAGAGCAUCCUGUGUCUUGGAGAGAACGAAAAGUAUAUGAUUUUCGGCUCGAAUCUCCCGUGCUGCUACUUCCCGGAGCCCCGCGUUCCACAAGCUCGAACUUUCAUGACGAAUAUCCAGGAAAACCUCACCUUGUUUUUCGUGGCGAUCUCGUACCGAACCGAAUUUUACUCGUUACGAGAAGACAUGGGCAACAUCAUAAUCAAUGGAUUCCAGAAUCUCCCAAAUUACAAGAUGCAUCAGUAUAUCCACCUGAUCGUGAAGUCAUUCGUCAAAAACUGUCCCGAGCACCUCCUCUCGCGUCAACUUUCGUCGACUUUUAUCCCGAUGAUGUCCGUAAUAUACGGUUAUUUAAAACCGAGGUGGGACAGCCAGAGGAACUUCUGCAAGGACGAGGAGACGGGAGCAACAUUGGAGGAGCUGAUCGAUGAUCAAGUCACUCAUCUGAUGAGUAGAGACUUGAUCGAGAUCACCUCGUAUUUCGUCAUUGACUCUUCAAAGCCACCAUCGGUGAAGACCAGCGACGAAGUGGGGGCUGAAGUCGUGGCUGCAAUGAAAUCGUUCGGCGCUGAACUCCUUGCCGACGGAGACGCGUGUCGCUGUGUGGUGACCAUCGCGUUUUCUGCUCUGUACGCGGGAGAUUCGCAGACAAGUUUCAAGAGUAUUGCCCUAUGUAGUACGCUCGCAUUUCAUCUUGUGCGACAAGAGAUCAGUCCGAUGAUCGAAGAGCUCUGCGUGUUGAUGUACAAAUCGCUUCUCUUGUCUCUCACUGUUCACGGUGAUAACGAGGCUCAAGCGCCGCUGUUAUUGACGCUGGGAGUCAACCUAUACAGAUGGCUCGCGCCUUGCGCAAGACAACACUUACACGAGUUAUUGCUAAGUCUCGGCGUCCGAAUCGAUUUUAUAGAGAAAUUUGAGGCGACAUUCGUUCCGGAGAUUGCGAUAUCAGCGCGCAGACGGAAGGAUACGUUCCGAGCCAUGGUUGAGCACCUGCUGGGAACGAGCGUUAGCGAAAUGGGAAAACAUCAAGUUCUCAUAAAAGAUCAUGAGCCGCUCUGGAAAAUGCCGAAAGCCGAAGCUGGCCCGAUCGACUCCCUGGAUAUCGAUCGUCUGUUUCCUGAUUCAAACGUUUGAGGACAGGACGAAAUUCCUAGGGAACAUUUUUUUUUCAAAAAAUCCACCGUGAUAAAGGAUCCCAAGAGACUUGGACGGUAUCUCCGAACGAUCAUCAUAUUCUCCUACGUUGGCAAAUGAUACUCCUUAUGGACGAAACAUUUGAUCUCUGAAACCGAACUGCACAAGGAUUGUUUUCUACUAUGGUCUCGACAGAUGCUGUGUACUGUUACA